AUGACAUCAGUCGAAUCGGAUAUUUGUAUCCAUCAUGAUGAUACAACACGGCGCAUAGUCAAGAACGAUGAUAGGAUAGAUCAAAACAGUCGAGUUUCUACAUCGCUGUCUUCUUCUUCGUUGUCGUCGUCACCUACUUCAACCUGUCAAUGUUGUCUGACGAAUGAUCAAAUGCUGUGCACCAAUUCUGAUAGCCUCGACAAAUCCUCAACACCUCCCACAUCAACUCACUUUUCCUAUCUAGUUCGGCCAACAGCACCAUGUAUAUUUGGGAGAGAAGAUUAUUACGAUGAGGACGAACAUAUGAAUGAUGACGAUGAAUUCUUUUUAACUGCGGGUGGAAUUGUACAUUCUUGUCCAAAUAUCUAUGAACUAUCCAUUGUUAAUCAUCGAAAACUGCAGUCAUGCGAUCACUUGAUUUUUCUCAAUCAUGAAAAUACAUUAGUUAAUCAUAGUUGUUUGAAUUGCUACGAUACAGAAUUAGACCGAUAUUCAAUUGUCCCACGUUUUCGACCGAUUGCAUCAUCGAUAUCGACUGAUUCAAUUAAUUCUGAACUUGAAUUAUACAAAGAACGACACGCAAUCGGACUUUAUCACCAACAGUAUCAUGAUGGAACAUUUCUACCCACUACUUGGAAAUCUGAUAAUUAUCUUUUGUUUAUGCCAGUUAUAUCUUCAUCUCAUCGAUCGUCAUUUUUAAGUUCAAUCGAUCAUGGAAAACGAUCACGUUCGCAUGACACAUCCUUUGAACAACCGUAUGCGUCUAUAGUUACAUAA